CAGUCUUGCGCCAGCCGGUCAGGAAACAGACUGCAGGUCCUCCGUCACCCGCGGAAAUGUUCAAAACGGAUCAACUGAAAGCUUUAGUGAACGAGCGGCUGAAAGCCGCAGCGGAGGAAAUAUUCCGCAUCUUUGAAACAACUAUCCAGGACUAUGAGGAGAUAGUUGUUCGCUCAAAACAGGAGGCGGACCAACAGCGGCGGAAAGCCCCAGUGCAGCUCUCAGUCCAGGAAGAGGCCCCGCCCCCUGAGCAGUGUCACUUCAAGAAGACUGACCUGUGUGAGGAUGACCCGGAGCCCCCGCAGAUUAAAGAGGAGCAGGAGGAGGAACUGUGGACCGCCCAGGCAGAUGAAAGUCAGCGGGAGGAAGCUGAUACGAAGGACUCGAUGUUUAAUAUAAUUUACGUGCAGAGGAAGGAUGACGACAGAAGACGCUUCCCGCCGACAAACCUAGAGGUGGAAACCAAAGGAGGCCGUCUGCCCAGCAGCUCAUGCGAACAGUUGAAAUCAGAACCCGGCGAAGAAGGCUGCGGCGCGUCGGAGCCGACCAGCGACUGUCAGAUGAGUGACGGCAGUGAGGAUGAAGGGAGAGGCUGUGGAGGCGUGAACGGGAAGCGGAGCCAGCGAGCCGAUGAGGGCGCGGACAGACCGCACACCUGCAGCGUUUGCAACAAGAAUUUCCGGAUUAAAUCCAUUCUGACUCGCCACAUGAAGACGCACACGGGAGAGAAACCUUACAGUUGCAGUGUUUGCGGUAAAAGCUUCAUCCAGCGCUCGUAUCUACACACGCACAUGAAUUCCCACUCCGGACAGAAGCCGCACACGUGUAGCUUCUGCGGCAGAGGCUUCACGCAGGUUGGAAACAUGAACGCCCACAUCCGGAUCCACACGGGGGAGAAACCUCACAGCUGCACCGACUGUGGGAAAAGUUUCCGAGAGAAGGCGGAUCUCAUCAAGCACACGAUAAUCCACACCGGAGAGAAACCGUACAUUUGCACCGUGUGUAGCAUGAAAUUCAGCGCUCAGUCAAACUUAACGCGCCACAUGAAGACGCAUUCAGGGGAGAGGCCGUAUAGUUGCCACGCCUGUGGGAAAAAAUUCAUCCGACGCUCCCAUUUACUGAUUCACAUGAAGACUCAUGCGGGAGAAAAUCUCUAGACUGGAGAUAUUAUUAGAUUUUAUGGUAUUUACUUGAUCAAAUAAGAGUAAAUUGUAUGAAAAUCUAAACUUUUUCUAUGAACCCAUUUUAUAUGUGUUGGUAUCUAGUUUCUUACUGUAAAAUAAUCAUAACAAUGCUGUAAAUGUUUUUCCAAGUGACACGUGCAGUCUUCGAAUUUAGUUUCUUUUGAACUUGUAAAACAAGGCACUCUGAAGAAAUAAAGCAAAACAAACAAUG